UCCUGUCGAAACGCAGAGAAGCAAUGAAUAAUCUACAGGGCUCCAAUGUCACAAGCGGUGACUAUGGACCUUUUGAAGAUGUGAAAUCAGUGGACCAACAGCGCUGGAUCCUUCAGGAGGAAAUCAAAUCUCUGCAAAAGCUAGCGGAUACCGAAGAGAGAAAUGUAACACUCUUCGCAAAACGAUUGGAUUAUAAUAAAGCCGUGGAUGCUCUUUAUGUUCCCCAACCACGGGUUGAUCCGAUGGACAUUUUGCCCCACGAGAUCUGGCACAACAUUCUGGUGGAACUAUCUUCAAUAGAUCCGUUAGCUUUGAAAGAUGUACAUGCAUUGUGCACUCUUCAGCCGACUGAACCACUUAUUCCGCUCACAAAAGUGUCCAGGAGAUGGAGAAAUUUCCUACUUUCGGAACCCGCUCUCUGGAGAGUUGUAUCUUUAUGGUUUGAUGACCAUACUACCAUAAAUACCAUCCCAUGGCAACUGGGCCUAUCUGGCAAUCUUCCUCUGACGAUUAUCCUGGCGCCACAGGCGAAUGAGCAAUGGCCAAGGCUUCAAGCCGAACUUCUCAAACACCGAAAAAGGAUCGAAUCGAUCUUAUUGACUACCCAAUACUAUUGGUAUAUGGAGAACUCGAAAUUACACUAUGUAACAAUGCCACAGAGCCUUCUCCCACUCCCCAAUUUACGGCAUCUGGGAAAUCCUCUUAAAGACUUUGUACUGAUGGAUGCCCUCCCUGAAUUUCUUGCGCUAUGUCCAUCCGUGGAACGUAUAUCAAAUAUACCUAUUACUGUGCAAGUGAUCCAAAAAAUGGCAGAGAGGUUGGUCCUCGAUGAGAUCAUGAUUUCUGAUGGGUUUUCCACAGUAUAUCCUCUACUCUUGGAGAUUCCCAACAUAAAGAAGAUAUCUUUCCAAGCCCAAGAAGAAAAUUCCGAAGACCCUCGUGCGUCUGAGUCUGUUCUCGAGGCCACAGGGUUCCGGAAUCUUCAAUGGACCAGUCUCACUUAUGAUGCCCUUUUAUGCCCAUUCCCCGUUUCGCUCCUAUACUGCCUUCCGUUUCUCACAGUACUUGACAUCGCAACAAACAUUGAAGUGAUCAAAAAACUUGUUGAAGUACUACACAAGCUUCCAUGUUUAUUCACUUUUAAGUCAAUAGUCCUUGUUCCAGGUGCUAAUAUCCUCAGACCUCCGGAAAUAAUUUUACCCAGUUAUAGUGUACGAUCAUUGGAGCUCCAAAUACAGUACACUUUUAAAGAUCGGUGGCUUCAACCAGAGACCGCCAGGAUGAUUCACCCAUCACACAGGACGGGGAUUAUUGGUCGGAUGUUUCUUCAUGCCAUGCCAGCAACCGAACCGAUCAAGCUUUCAAUACACAUUCCCACUCCCUCUCUAUCACAUGCCUUGGAAGGAUGGUCAAAGGUUCAAACCCUAGAAUUAGUAUGCUUCGGCGCCACACUGGAAGCUUACACCCCGCCCAGGGAUGUACCAACCACAGUAAAACAGCUUUCCUUAGGUGGAAUACCAAAAAUGCCCUUUUUAAUCUUCUCCAGUUCAGCAGAGAUCCUCCGUUGUCGCACUGAUGACUUGGGUCCGUCAGAUGCUCCACACAUGCCAUUGAUCAGUCUCACACAGUGGAGUGCACUCCAAACCCUCGAUGUCUAUGGCGAUAUAUUCAACUGGAAAGACUCGUCUGCUCUCCGUCUGAAGACGAUUACCCUACGAAAUCGAUCUCUUUUCGGUGAUUUGGACAAUGGAAUAACCUCCUUUGUUCACGCACUCGCCUGUCGUCCCGACUGCUAUCCCUUAUUAGAGGAAAUUGUUCUUUGGGUGUGUCCAGAGUGGGACAUACUCAUGAUUAUGCUUGAGCGUCGCAACCUUCUCGCUGGUCCACUUAUCAAACCCAUAAAAAGAAUAACAUUGCCAUCCAUCUAUUCACCCAAUAUUC